AUGAAGCUGGUUCCAUUUAUAAGACAAAGCUUCUCAAGAAGUAUUCGAAAGUCACAAGUUCAAUAUAAUUUUUUCAGAAAUUACGUGACUAGAUCAGAAUUUGAUUCUCCUUUUGAUCAUCUACCGAAACGUACUAAACCAUUUGUUCGUUGGAAGACAACAGGCGUAUUUUUCAUAAUCGGGGCCUUUUUGGCGUACAAUGAGACACUUUUUGACUACUAUGCUUCUUUUACUGACACGCAAAAUGUAGAUGAAUUAAUGCCGUUGCGAUUAGAGUAUGAGUUGAAACAUUUGCCAAUAUAUGAAAGACUAGCACAUCCGAAGAAGAACGAGAAUUGGAUCAAAUUGGAAUCCUGGGAAAAUUUGGACAGAAAUGUUUUAGAUAACCAGAAUGUUAUUACUAAGACGAAGAAACAAAAAGAAUAUAGCAAGCCUUCACUUCCUACAAAGACAUUAGCUCAACCAGGAGGGAUAUGUAUUAGACCUGUCAUUUUUUACAAUCCUGAUACGGGAGAGGGAGUAACUAUUGUCCAUGCCGGUUAUAGACUAUGUGGUUAUCCAUUUAUUGUUCAUGGCGGAAUUCUUGCGACUCUUUUGAAUGAAACUUUUAAAAGAAUUGCAUCAUUGAGCAAUUUUACUACCUCUAACUUAAAGGAUGAUUUUAUGGUUGAAAAUUUAUCAAUAUCUUACAAGUAUCCGUCUUUUGCUAAUCAGUUUUUGAUAAUUAAAACUAAAAGAAAAGAAAGCGAUGGCAGUGCUGACAAUAAAACUAUUACUUUGGAAAGUGUAAUUGAAUCCCAGAAAGGUCAAGUUUGUGUGAAGGGUGAAGCA